AUGGUGGGCUCACAAUGGAGUAAUGCGGUCAACGUGAUCCUGAGUGUCCCUUUCUCGUCGAGCAUGGAGAGCUUGAACGUUGGGACGCCGCACCUCGAAGUUGGAGAAGAAAGCACUCUCCUCUCCCUCACCGACGACCUGCUGGGAAACAUCCUUUCCCGACUGCCGCACUCAUCCAUCGAGUCGGCUGCCUGCUGCUGUCACCGUUUGCUCAGCAUUGUGAGAGAUGAUGAGCGGACUUGGCUGCCGGCGUGCGUGAACCGGUGGGGGGGCAGGACCAAUGUGCGCAGCUGGGGGGGGGGACGAGUCGCUUACCGGGCGCUCUUUCAUGUCCUUCGGCAGUGCGACAAGCUGGCCGGCUUCUGGCGCGCCGUCAGCGACUCCGACUUUAAGCACGGCUCCUCGCUCGUUUCCUUCGAAUGGCUUCCGACGCAUCUUGAGGCGCUCCGCAUCGUGCCCGCUUGCCAGAACAGCUACCAAGUGAGAAAGAUUCCGUUUCUGCGGGUGGGGGUUUCGCCUUUGGGGGAGUUCUUAUGUCGGGAAAGCGGCGAUGAGGACUGGGACGAUCUGGCUAGAUCCAUCGACUUUGGAAGUGGUGAAAAUCGGCCUGGUGUAAUCGGGCCCAUGUCCAACGGGCCCGGUGUGAAAAGGAGCGCCGUCAAUGCAGGCAGCCUGAAUGGAACGAGCGAAUUCGGAGCCAAUAUGAAUAGAGGUAGCGAGAACGGGGAAGGUGUGUAUAGGGGCAGUGUGAGUGCGGCCCCAGAGAUCAACAGCGAAGCAGCCCAGAUGACGAGCCGGCUGUCCGAGUCUUCGCUGUCGGAUUUGGACGACGUGGGGCCGUCCGAAAGUCCGAUGCGCACACCAAGCCCGGGGGGGCACAGGGCGCCGAGCCCAGGCCCCAAGACUGCCCAGGAGAGCUCGCUGCAACUAUCGUUCGUAGCCCCAGACCAUAUCGUUCUGGAAGAACGUCGCCCCCAACCCAAACCCUGGUCCUUCGAAGCGGAAGCGGCCGCGAGCGCUUCCCUGGGGAUCGGCCACUCCUGGCGCCGCCGCUCGUCUUCGCCCACCGGCGCGCAGACCCCCCCCUUGCCGGCCUGCGGAAGCAGCCCCCCCGGAACGUUUAACUAUGAGAUUUACCAGUUCCUGUCCAGUCGGGUGGCCAGCCCGGGUGGCUUACGUCAGCGCGCCCGCCGAAAGGAGCGCGAGCGCUCGGAGCGCCAGGGCCGCGUUCCGGCGCAGGCGGAGCAUUUCGUGCGGAUUCCGGAGGCCACGCCGACGGCGGAACGGCCGUUACAGGGCCUCUGGAAGGCCAUUGGAGCGCUCGGCGGCCUCGACAUCGUCCACGUGUCGUACAGCGCGCAAGAGAUGGUCAAGUGCCGCCAGCUGUGCGAUGUGAACACGGCCCACGUGGCCCCCAGUCCAAAAGGCGUCCAGUGGUGGGCUGUCCCGAUAGAAUUGACGCGCGCCGAGCAGCGGGAUUACGAGAGUCGGGGUCACAUUGACCCCGCGUCAAACGCGGAGCUCAUAGCAAACGGCAUGGAUUAUCGUAUAAGUGAUGGUCAGGUGGGUAUACACCCAGAGGCGAUCGCGGUGCUGAGCUUUGUAGGGUCCGACUUUAGGGAGCGGCGAGGGUUGGCGCAACGGGGGCGGAUGUGGGAGUAUGCGGCUGGGGAGUUUGGGUGGGGGCUGAUGAGCGGCGGCGAGAAUUGGAUAAUGGACUAUAAGCGCCUGGUAGAGGGGCGGACAGUGCUGGAUUCUAUUCAGGAAAUACAUUGACACGUCCAAGCGCACACAUCAUCAAGUGCCGCCUCCAUGCAAAGUGAAGGUUGGGCAAGCAACUCUUAGGUGCAUUGAUGCGCAUCAUUGUGGCAGUCACUUGGCAAGGUGUCCGAGUCAGGC